AUGAGUUAUAGCGAUUCUAUGUCUGCAUCAAAUAAUAGUAGUAAUCAGGAUGCUACAUCUGGAAAACUACAAUAUACUGAAAGUGAUGAUGAAGGAAGUGACGAAUAUUGCCCAGGAGGUUAUCAUCCAGUUGAAAUAAAUGAAAUAUAUAAUGAUCGUUACAGAAUUGAAGGAAAAUUAGGAUGGGGACAUUUUUCUACAGUUUGGAUUGCAACUGAUUUAAAAAGCAAACCAUUAAAAUUUGUUGCUAUAAAAAUUCAAAAAGGUUCAGAAACAUAUACAGAAUCUGCUAAAUGUGAAAUAAAUUAUUUAAAAACUGUUAAAAUAAAUUCUUUUGAUUCUUCUUGGGUUGAAUUUAAAGAACAACAAAGAGAAAGAUUAUUUCAUUAUAAUAUGACAAAAGGUGUUGUUUCAUUUAUUGAUAGUUUUGAGCAUAAGGGACCAAAUGGUACACAUGUAUGUAUGGUGUUUGAAUUUAUGGGCCCAAAUUUAUUAUCUUUAAUUAAACAUUAUGAUUAUAAAGGUAUACCAAUUAAUUUAGUUAGAAAAAUUGCUACGCACGUUUUAAUAGGGCUACAAUAUUUGCACGAUGUUUGUAAAAUUAUACAUAGUGAUAUAAAGCCAGAAAAUGUAGUUGUUUCCUCACUUUCGAAUAUACCAAAGCCUAGAGACUAUACUAAAUCGAAAUUAGUGAAUAAUAAUGAUGAUAAAAAUAUAAAAAAUGCUACUGAAAGUCAUUUUAAUUCCCCAUCUCACCCAAAACAAGAAAACAAUAUCAACAACGAAAAGGACAUCGAUAAAGUAAACCCACAAAUUGAAGAAACGGAGCAAGAUGAAACCGAACAAGAUGAUACUGAAUCAAAUGUAACCGAAGUGAAGGAACCAAAUGAAUUUGAUAAUAUUGACUGGAAUAAAUUGACUAAAAAUGAAAAGAAAAAAUUAAAAAGAAAGAAAAAAAAAAUGCUUAAAAAAGAAAGAUUAAAAAUAAAUGAAGCUAAUAAUACAGAACAAAACAAACAAACAAAUAACGAGGUAAAUAUGAAUAAUUUGAGUCACCCUGAAGAUAACAGUCAAUUUAAAAAGGAAGAUAACGAAGAUUUUAGAAAUAUAGACUCUAUAAAAGCUAAUGAUAUUUCAUUAGAACCAAUCCAAAUUUCUCCUAAAACUAGUUUGAAUGCAAAUUUGAAAGUUAAUACAAAUUCAAACAAAGACAAUAAUGCCAUAUCUGGUGAAUAUAAUAAUCAAAACUUAAAUGAAAAUAGUGAUAUAAAAUUAUGUAAAGAUGAAAUCAAAAAGGAUUCAAAACAAAUUGUUUCUAAUACAAUAAAAAAUGAUUUAUCAUGUGCUAAUGAAAAUAAAUUAUCAGAUUUGUCAAAAGAAGAAACAAAAGGGCCUAUAAUAGAAGAUAACGAAAAAAAUAAAAUAAAUGGCAAUGACAAGCUUAAUGUAAAAAAAAAAAAAAAAAAAAUCAAUGAACCACCAUAUGUUAAACAUAGACUUAAACCUUCCAAUUCAGAUCCAUCCUUACUUACUACCUACUAUAACAUACAUGCUAUACAAGAAACGCUAACAAGAAAACCAUAUCAUUAUAAUAAUUACUUUUUAAAUAAUCCAGAAAAAUAUGGUUAUGAUAAAUCACCACAAUUAUUGCGUAGAUUGCCAAUAGACUAUUUAAGAAAUGAUAGCUCUUUGGAUGGUAGUAACAAUAGUUGUAAUGAUAAUAACGAAAAUACUAACGAUACAUCUUCUGAACAAUUCGAAAAAUAUGUAGAUAAAGAUGCUAACAAAUUCCCCAUUUAUUGUGGCAUGUUUAAUCACCUAAUACAUCCAGAAGCAAUGAAAUUACAUGAAUCAAAUAAAAAAAAAAAUAUAUAUUCUGAAGUUCCGAAUGAAAAUCCAUCAUCGGGAAAUAAUAAAAAUAGUAAGGUUGUUUAUAUUAAAACAGAAGAAGGGGAUUAUUGUAUUAGACCUUAUGAUCCUACUGUAUAUUAUCAUGAAAAAUCAUGUUAUAAAAUAUGUGAUUUAGGUAAUAGUUUAUGGAUUGAUGAAUCAAGAUAUGCAGAAAUACAAACACGACAAUAUAGAGCUCCAGAAGUUAUAUUAAAAAGUGGUUUUAAUGAAACAGCAGAUAUAUGGUCAUUUGCUUGUAUGGUGUUUGAAUUAGUAACUGGAGAUUUCUUAUUUAACCCACAAAAAUCAGAUAUAUAUGAUAAAAACGAAGAACAUUUAAGUUUUAUAAUCGAAGUAUUAGGAAAUAUACCAAAAUCAAUGAUAGAUGCAGGAUAUAACUCACACAAAUAUUUUAAUAAACAUACAUAUAAACUAAAAAACAUUAAAAAUAUUAAAAGAUAUGGAUUACAUAAAAUAUUAAAAUAUAAAUAUGGUUUACCAGAAAAAGAAAUAAAUCCAUUAUGUAGUUUUCUAUUACCUAUGCUUUCAAUAGAUCCCCAAACAAGACCAUCAGCAUAUACUAUGUUACAACACCCAUGGCUUAAUAUGGUAGAUCUAGAAGAUGAUGAACAAACAAAUACUAAUAAUAGGUCUUACUCUGUUAAUACUGUAAAUUUCAAAAAUCAAACACAUUAUGAUAUAUAUCAAGAUAAAAUUAAUAACAACGAUAAUAAUAACACAAAAUAUUUACCGCAAAAUCAUGAUAAAUAUUCAAAUUAUGAUAAUGUACAUGCAAAUACUUUAAUACAGAAUUUUGACGAAGCUUCUGAAGAUAGUUAUGAAAAUCACCAUGAAAUGCGACAUCCAUAUCAAAACUAUCAUCCACAUAAUAAUCAUCUAGAGGAAUAUAUCGAUGAUAUGGGAAUCCAGGAUGAGGAAUAUCAAAGACAAUAUGAAUAUCACAACAAAUACAACAAUAGGGGCUAUAAUAAUCCCUCAAAUAUUUAUUCUGGAAAUUUUAAUAAACAAAUAGAUAAAGAACAUGAUAUCCAUAAUUCCUCAACUAAUACAAGGGAUUAUAUGCUUUAUUCAAAAAAUGUUCCACCAAGCAUGCCAAUGAAUCAUCAAUACAACUUGAUUAAUAAUAUAAAUAACUAUCAAAAUAAUAAUGUUGCCAAUAAUCAUUUCUUCAAAAGCAAUACAAAAUAUGAUAUGAAUAUGCCAAGGAAUUAUAAUAAAAAGCCAAGUGUAGUGUAUAGUGAAAUUCCACACAACAAAUAUGGUGAUGAUACAAAUUAUUAUGAUAAUAACUCUGGAUAUAAAUAUAUGCAAAACUAUGAAAGACGAAAUGACUUUAAACAUGAAUAUGGAAGUGAUAUGGAAGAUGAGGAUGAAGAAGAAGAUGAAGAGGAGAUUGAAGAAGAGGAGGAAGAUGAAGAGGAAGAUGAAGAAGAAGAUGAAGAAGAGGAUGAAGAAGAGGAUGAAUAUGAAAGAAGUCAAUAUACUAACGAAAAUGAUGAUAGUAUUCAAUUCCAUAAUAAAAUAAAUUUUAAUGACUAUUCUAAUAAAAAUAACAAUAUUUAUGAAAACAAACAUAAUAUAGAAUCAUAUUUCAAUAAAGUAAAAAAUCAACAUAAAAAUAAUCUAGUAAAUGUAAUGCAAAAUAAUGAAUUAAAUAAAUUUAAAAAUUAUGAAGCUAUAAAAAAUAGAGAAAAAACAAAUGCACAAUUAAAAGAACAAACCCCAUUUAAACUCAGUGAAAAAAAUAUUGAUAAUACAAAAAAUAAAUUAUUUGAAUUAGAACAAAAUUAUAAUCCUCAAAAUUUGGGAGGAUUUAUAAAUAUGAAUUCCAACAAAAAGUUUGAUCAAUUUGAACAAAUCGAAAAACCUCAUAUAGAAACGAAAAAUACACAAGCCCAUUUAUCAGUUCAUAAAAAAUAUAUCCAUGAAAAAUACGAAGGUGAUAAGGAAAAUCAAAUAAACUGUAAAGUUGUUAACAAAAAAAAUUCAUAUGCUUUUACAUAA